AUGAACCUGGGUCUCUCGACUGAGAGUCGAGGGCACAGAGGACUACUGUGCUCAAGAACCACUGUGCUCAAGGACUACUGUGCUCAAGGACUACUGUGCUCAAGGACUACUGUGCUCAAGGACUACUGUGCUCAAGGACCACUGUGCUCAAGGACUACUGUGCUCAAGGACUACUGUGCUCAAGGACUACUGUGCUCGAGGACUACUGUGCUCAAGGAUUACUGUGCUCAAGGAUUACUGUGCUCAAGGACUACUGUGCUCAAGAACAACUGUGCUCAAGGACUACUGUGCUCGAGGACUACUGUGCUCAAGGACUACUGUGCUCAAGGACUACUGUGCUCGAGGACUACUGUGCUCAAGGACUACUGUGCUCGAGGACUACUGUGCUCAAGGACUACUGUGCUCGAGGACUACUGUGCUCAAGGAUUACUGUGCUCAAGGAUUACUGUGCUCAAGGACUACUGUGCUCAAGGAUUACUGUGCUCAAGGACUACUGUGCUCAAGGACUACUGUGCUCAAGGACUACUGUGCUCAAGGAUUACUGUGCUCAAGGAUUACUGUGCUCAAGGAUUACUGUGCUCAAGGACUACUGUGCUCAAGGAUUACUGUGCUCAAGGAUUACUGUGCUCGAGGACUACUGUGCUCAAGGAUUACUGUGCUCGAGGAUUACUGUGCUCAAGGACUACUGUGCUCAAGGACUACUGUGCUCAAGGAUUACUGUGCUCAAGGAUUACUGUGCUCGAGGACUACUGUGCUCAAGGAUUACUGUGCUCGAGGAUUACUGUGCUCAAGGACUACUGUGCUCGAGGACUACUGUGCUCCAGGACUACUGUGCUCAAGGACUACUGUGCUCAAGGACUACUGUGCUCGAGGACUACUGUGCUCAAGGACUACUGUGCUCGAGGACUACUGUGCUCAAGGACUACUGUGCUCAAGGACUACUGUGCUCGAGGACUACUGUGCUCGAGGACUACUGUGCUCAAGGACUACUGUGCUCAAGGACUACUGUGCUCGAGGACUACUGUGCUCAAGGACUACUGUGCUCGAGGACUACUGUGCUCAAGGACUACUGUGCUCGAGGACUACUGUGCUCAAGGACCACUGUGCUCGAGGACUACUGUGCUCAAGGACUACUGUAAGGGACGCAUAAGGCUACACAAAAUAAAUUAG